UCGAAGGCAAUGACCGGCUAUUCAGGUACACUGUGCGGUUCGCUCUAUCGCCAUCGCGAUCACGUUAUAUCGCAUCAUGGCCGCUGGCCCCAUCGCUGAACGAAAUCAAGAUGCGACCAUCUAUGUGGGAGGCCUGGAUGAGAAGGUGUCGGACACCAUCCUGUGGGAGCUGUUUGUCCAAGCAGGACCAGUCGUGAAUGUGCACAUGCCCAAAGACCGGGUGACCGGCCACCACCAGGGCUAUGGUUUCGUGGAGUUCCUGGGGGAGGAGGACGCCGACUAUGCCAUCAAGAUCAUGAACAUGAUCAAACUGUACGGAAAGCCCAUCCGCGUCAACAAGGCGUCAGCUCACCAAAAAAACCUGGAUGUGGGGGCAAACAUUUUCAUUGGCAACCUGGACCCAGAGGUGGAUGAGAAGCUGCUGUACGACACCUUUUCGGCAUUUGGUGUCAUUCUUCAGACACCCAAGAUCAUGCGUGAUCCAGACACGGGCAACUCCAAGGGUUAUGCUUUCAUCAACUUUGCCAGCUUUGAGGCAUCAGAUGCAGCCAUUGAGGCCAUGAAUGGCCAGUACCUGUGCAACCGGGCCAUCACUAUCUCAUACGCCUUCAAGAAGGACUCCAAGGGCGAGCGGCAUGGAUCAGCAGCAGAGCGUCUGCUGGCGGCCCAGAACCCCCUCGCCCACUCGGACCGACCCCACCAGCUGUUUGCCGAUGCACCCCCUGUGGGUGGGCUUCCCCCACCGCCACCUGUGGCUGGUCUGGCUCCUCCUCCCGUGGCCUUGGGCGCAAUGCCACCUGGACCUCCGCCCGGGGGUUUGCCAUUGCCGCCGUUGCCCACCCUGCCACCACCACCACCAAUGCCUGGUGGUAUGCCUCCCAUGCCGCCGCCGUUCCGACCGAUGCCACCAUUCCCGCCCGGUGGACUGCCCCCACCACCACCGCCCUCCAUGGGCAUGCCUCCACCACCGCCACCGAUGCACCAGCCGCCAUUCGGCAUGAUGCCGCCUCCACCAGGGGCGCCGCCACCACCAGACCGGAUGCCACCUCCACCACCUUCACAGAUGGGUCCCCCCGGGAUGCCCCCGCCAUUCCCUCCACCGCCCGGCAUGCGGCCACCACCUCCACCACCACCGCAGUUUGGGCAAAGACCACCGCCACCGCCGCCAGGAUUUGGUAUGCCACACGGUCCUCCAGGACACCCUCCCGGCCCCCCUGGAGCACGACCACCAUGGCCCCAUGGUCCACCACCCCAUGGUCCCCCGCCCCCUGGUCCCCCGCCCCCUGGUCCCCCGCCCCCUGGUCCUCCACCACCUGGUCCCCCCGGUGCACCACCGCCACCUCCGCCACCACCCCCGUCGAGCCACGGGGGACCAAUGCCACCCCCACCGCCGCCGAUGCCUUCUGGUCCGCCACCGCCUCCACCACCACCUGCCAGCUCGUGAGGCUACAUGGCUAAAACAGGGAUGGCUGUGCUUUUGUGCAGACAAUAAAUGGUGUGGGGCCCUGAUGUUCA